CGAGUUGAUACCUUCAAAAUUAUGUUUCACUACAGGUAAAACUUCUUUUUAACUUUCAUUUAAUAUCUUUGCCCUUUCUUUCUUCAACAGAGUUUAGAAGAAAACGGUGGAGCAGUGAACGCUCCUCCACACUGCGUACUGAUGACGCUCAGAUAAUCGGCAGAAAGCGUCCUCUGACUCAACGCUGGUUUGGGACGCAGAUAACUUUAGUUUUCCCUCUGAAAUGAAUGCAUCAACUUGAAAACCCGAAAACCCAUGUUCUUGGCACGGAACCAUGGCAGAAACAGAGGAACUGCAGCAGAUUUCCAUGUGGUUCAGUGAAGAAGGACUUUCUCCUGAUGCGUCUUCAGAGGCUCAGCUGUGUUUCUUGUGGCGUUCUUUCCAGCGGACAACCAGUCACCUGAGCGCCGUGUCUAAAGAUCUGGAAGCACACCGCUCACAGCACUCAGCAGAGCUGGCUGAAGUGCGGAAGUCGCUGGAGCAGAUCCGGAUUUUUACCGAGCAAAAAAAAGAGUUGGCUCAAGAAAUACAAGACGAGAACGAUGAGCUCAGGGAGCAGCUGCAGCUUUUCAUGUCCCACCAAGAUGCUCAAAUGAGCGAAGUGGCCAAAAUGCUUUACAAUGAGGGGCUCACAGAGCUGAUUCCCAGCAGCCCCAGUGAGCAGUUGGCGUACCUCUUGGUGGAAAGGGCUUCCCUGCUUGGGAAAAGUGAGGAUCCCGACAAGCUGACAGUUGAUGGAAAGCCAAGCAAUUCAGUUGAGGCAGAAGCAUUAAGGGUUUGCCAGUCUAACCACAAGAGGGCACCUCAUCAUUUGCAGAACAAGUGGAAGAAGAUAUUUGGAUUCCAGAAGGGUCCACAGAGCAAACAUAUUAUUUCUGAGGAGAACAGACCAUUGACUGGUCAGGACAGCAGUUUGGAGAAGGAGUGUUGCCGCCUGGAGCGGGACCUGGAGGAGGGUUCUCGCAGGCUGGCCAUGGCCCACAAUGAGAUCAGGCGUUUGACUGACCAGCUGGAGUCGGCCCAUUUUACUCAAAGACUGUAUGAACCUGAACUGGAGUCGGCACAGAAGGAGGUGGAGCAGCUCAGAUAUGAGGUGGAAAAACUGAAAAAAUAUGAAAUGGUGGAACUGCGUAAGGCAAAAGAGCUUAAUGACCGCCUGGACCUUGAGAUCAGGACCUUGAGGAACAGGGUCCGCUCUCUAGAUGCUGAAAAACGCUCUCUGCAGCAGACUGUUGCAUCUUUGCAAGGAGAGUUGAGAAGAGAUGAAAAUUCCCUGCAGGACCAGGAGGACACAGAAAUGCUUGAAAUUGAAAGAUUGGAACCGGCAAAAUGUGGCAGAAUAUUCACUAGAGACAAACCAACAGGCCCAACACAGCAGCUGAUGGACAAGGAGAAAACUCCUGUGGAUAAAGGCAACCUGGCUCUUAUUUUGGCUAAAAUCUGCUCUAAAGAAAGCCACCUCCAGCAUCAAAGGCACCUUCAGGAAAAAAGGCAAGUUUCACAUCCAGAUAAAAGCGUCAUGAUUCAAGAAGACACUACCUCAAAGACAGAGAAUAAAGAAGUCCAGACAGAUCUGUGCCAAGAGAACGCUCAAUCCAAGGUGUGUCCUAACUGUCAAGUUGAGUGUGAAACCCUGAAGAAGGAGAUUUGUGAAACUCUUCAGUGCCUUGAUAAACAGAGGAGUAAAUACCACACCGCCAGAGAAAAACAUAAAGAGAGGCUACGUCUCGCCAAACAGGUUUUUGAUGACGAAACCAAGUGGCGUGAUGAAAGGAUAAAGAGUCUGGAGCACGACUUAUCAUUAUGCAGCCACUCACUAGCAAAGGAGAGAGAAUUUGUUUUGUGCAUCAGUUUGCAAAACGAGAAGCUGCUUGUUGAAAAGAGGGAACUGUUGGAAGAGCUCACUGAAGAGGAACACAAGAAAAACACUAAACUAACAGCUGCUUUGUCCAAAAGCAGGGUGGAUUUUUUAGAAAUGGAAAACAAAGAAAUGGGGCACAGAAUUGCGCACCCGUCCAAUCACCUGGAACGCAGCCUGCAGACCUCGCAGCCUCUGCACCCCACAGGGGAACCACGUAAAACAAGCCAACAGAUUCCCGCAUCCCUUCCGGAGUUCGCAUUAAGGGUGAUGCCAUCUGAAGUCUGAGAAUCAAGACUUAUCAGACAGCACACAGGCUACUACCGCCAAGCAGACAGACACGACUGCAUCUUCUCACCGUCCUACUGCGGAGCUUAGCUACCUGAAUGUGACAAUCAUGCAGAGAUUUUCUGACCUCCCCAAUCCCCCCUAAGGACCGUUCACACUGCCCUCAGGAACGCGCGUUCAAGCUACCUCUUCUAAUGAAAAGUGUAUGUAAUCGUGUGUAAAUGCCCAUUUUGGGCUUCCACAUACAAAAUUCUUGCGUUUAAAACUCGCUGCUCAAGUUUCUGUGACGGUUUUCAGGUUGUACGUACAAAACACACAGCCAUUGAACACACGUUGAAAGUUAAGCCAGGUGAACUUUGACCAUCCGGGACUUUGAUCUGGCAGUGACAUAUGAUCUGUUUGAAAACUGAUCAUGGAGGAAAAAUGAAUAAUUGUGGUUUGAGUCCGGCUGCAGUUGUAUGACACCAAGCCCUUCAUAUAUCAGAAUAGAGCUGUAAAAGAAAAAACCUGGAGGAAGAUUCACGAGAUUUGCACCACUUGGACAUUUCACACCAAGUGCGCUAUGAGCGCAGCAUAUAAAUGUUGUGUGUUAUUGCACAGAGACCCGGUUAUUGCACAGAAGUCAGUUAUUGCACAUAUAUGUAAUAGUCAGUAAUUUAGCAUUGUAAAAAGUCAGAGUGAGGUUAAGUUGGUGGAAGUGUGCGUGUUCCGUAUGGUAAUUGCCUGUGUGAAAAAGCUGUUCCUUAGUCUGUUUGUCCUGGUUCUGAUGGACCUGUACCUCCUUCCAGAGGGCAGCAGGUCGAAUAGAGGGAAAGCAGGAUGGGUGGAGUCAGUGAUGAUGUUAGUCACCCUGCUGAGGCAGCGGGACUGGUAGAUGUCCUUCAGUGAGGGGAGAGGACAGCCGAUGAUCCUCUACACUGUCUUUACCACUCUCUGGAGGCUCUGCGGUUCUGCUUCAGUGCAGUGGGAGAACCACACUGUGAUGCAGUAGUACAGGAUGCUCUCGAUGGUUGAGCAGUAGAAGGUUACCAGCAUCACAUCCCCGGUGUGAACGUAGCAUGAGGCAACUGGGAAAUUGGGCUUUUUUCAUCUGCCAUGAGAAUAGAUUACAACGUUUUUUUUCAACUUCCUCCGCCUGCAUGCUACAUGUUUUCUGCAGGACGGUGAGCUGAUUAUGGUGUUUUAGAAAGGUACCACGAAAAAACAUGCAGGCUGCUUAGCUUAGAAUUCCACUGUUCUGCUCUGUACAGAUUAUAUGAACUGUUUUAAUCAAUAAUUGUAAAAACAAAAAAAUAAACAGGUAAAAAUAAACAUUUUAUUUAUUGAAGAAAACUGUUAAAAUGAGCUAAGAGUAAUGGUUGACUCAUUUUCAUUGAAAUGGAAUGGGCAUGGUAAAAAAAAUUCACACUUUGGUGUUGAACAGAUGUUGUGUUUACCUGCUUGUAAAAAAAGUGUUCUUUGUUAGGAAUAAAAAUUAAUCAAUUCUUACCAAUAU